AUGGGUAAAAAACGAAUUUCGAAGAAAAACGCAAAAAAAGCAGCAAAGAAAACAAAUAAUAUAUCUGACAAAAUAAAUGAUGAAGUGAUAGCUGCAGCUCUCAGUUCUGCAAACCAGACUGUUUUUCUAAAAGUUUGUAGAUUAUGUGAAACGAAAGAUGGCCCAUUUCUUAAUAUAUUCGAUCCAGAUAUGAUAACUGCUAAGAAGAUAGAAGCUGUAAUGCCAUUUGUGAUCACUGAAAAUGAUGACCUGCCACAUAAAAUUUGCUUCCGAUGUUCUGUUAAGGUUGAAGAGUUGUAUGAAUUUAUACAACAAUGUACACAAUCACAACAUAACCUACGAAAAGCUCUCGGGAGCAAGGCUGCUAUUGUGAAUAAACCUAAGCAUCGAGAUAUCUGGGAGGAGAAACUUAAUCAGUCCAAUAUUUCUAAUGAUGAUAUUUGCGACGCACUUAUCAAAAAAGCCAUGGAGGGCAUCAAAGAUAUACCCUUAAAACCCAUACCUUUAGAAGAAAUACCUGUUAUAAAGAAACCAUUAAAAAAACCUGUUGAGAAAGAUGAACCAAAACAAUUGGAAGACUCAAAUAAUGACGCGUGCGAGGACUCACAAAUAAAAAAUGUAAAGUUACAAAUUAGUAAAGUUGAUGAAGUUCCAAUAACUAAAUCAUUGCGGUCCAACACUGAAAUUAAAAAUGUGAUUGAAAAGAAAGAAAAUAAAAAUGUUGAAAUGUCUAAAGUUGAUCCUCCUGUAAAAGACAAAGUGGAACCCGUCAAAUCUACUCCUGCUGAAUCAAAGACUGAAAAACCGCCACCACAAACAAAUACUUUUAGUUUAAGUGAAACCACACCAGCAGUAAAAACAUUUAAUAUUAUGGAUCAUGUUAGCAUGAUUAAAGUUAAUGGCGUAGGUGUUUUGUUCCAAUGUAAACUGUGUAAUAGAAAUUUCUUAAAGAAAGAAGUCGUAAUGUCACACGCCUGUGCUAAAAACGGUCCAACCAAAGUUCAGCCAAAACUAACAGUUGUUCCUGAACCACCUAAAAUACCAUCUGUGAAAUAUAUAAAUACUAGAAUAAAUACUGAGACUAUAAAGCCAAUAAAUGAUAAGCCCAUAUCAAUAGAUGAUGAUGAUGAUGAUAAACCUUUGGCAUCAAAGAAACCUAAACCCAGAAUAGGUCCAGCAAGUAGAGUGAAACGAGAUGAUGUAACAGAUAAACCAGCGAAUUCAACUCCAAAUCAAAAUACAGAAUCUGCUAAUUCGAACAUUCCAACACCAGUCGUACAAUUUCCAACAAUGCCCAGUUUAAAUAGUAGAUACAAACUUAUGCCUGGACCAAACAAUACGUUCACGUUAGUAGAGGAGAAGCCUAAUGAUAAAGCAGUAACACCAGAGAAAGUAGAGAUUUCUGUACCACCAUUGGAACCAAUAAGGCCGACCCGACCGAUAAUAGGUCCGAAAAGAAUGAUGAACCUAAACAAAGAAAAACCGGCGACUGCUACUCCUCCUGUUUCAAUCAGUCAACCAUACCCAGUAGGCUUAUUCAAAACAUUGCCCACAACAAACUCCACGAAUGUGCCAAUAAUAAAUUCUCCAACAUUAACAUCGGCCGUGAAAAAACAAUCAUACACUGUGGUGCAAACUGGCAACCCCAGCAAACUACUAAUUUCUACGAAGCCUCAAACUGAAGAAUUGCCCAAAAAACGUCAAAGAAAGGCGAAACACGAAGUAAGAGAAGAUGACAGUAAACAACCAUUUUCAGUAACUUUAGAAGAUUCCGCGCCCCCAAGAGACACGGAAUUCUUUACAUUCAUCAAUGUCGAUCCUUUACUGCAGCCAUCUUAUGUACUACCAACAAAUAACAUUAUUCAAGAGUCACAAAUUUCAACUUCAACUAGUGUACAGAAAAAGGAAAGUGAAAAUAAAGAUUUGAAAUAUACAUGUAAUAUGUGCAAUGAAAAGUUUUCACGCGAAAAGAAAUUGUUAACUCACAUACAGUCACAUUACAACAAAAUGGACGAAGAAGACCAACAGAGGAACCAUAAUCCUAGAAAACGUAAGAAG